AUGGAUGCUGCGGAUGAUAGAGAAAUCAAGCUUCAACGGGCAUCCGGAGACCUCGUGGACGAGUUCUCUACAAAACUGCCGUCUCUGCUGUGGAAAACACGCACAGAGAAUGGACACAAACUCCGAGUUCCCCGACGAUGGACGCAGGCAAAUAAAACAGAAAAGCUUGUAGGUCUUCUGGAACCCUUCCAAGAAUGGCCGCAACUGUUGGACCCUCACCUGCAAAAACUCCUGCCAUCAUUAGUCGAUGUUUUCUUAGCAUAUCUGCUUAAGCAUCGAGAUCAAUAUGCUUCUGAGACGGCAGCUACGAAAGCACAGGUGCAGGGAGCGCUCUAUCCUCUUCCCCGGGCUGUUUGUAGACUUCUCUACACAUUCUGCAAAGUCCGCGGGGUGAAGGUGAUCACCCGGUUCCUGAAUAAUGAGCCAAAGUAUCUCGACCCCAUGUUGCACGCUUUCAUCGAGUGGGAUGCUGUUCCACAACAUGAUCCGAUGGAGGUUGCACUGGGUGAUGAUAUCUCGCGACGAUUGGUGUGGGAAGAGCGAUAUGUGAUGCUCAUCUGGCUUUCGCAUUUGUUGCUCGCUCCGUUUGAUCUGUCGUCAAUAUCAUCGGACGAUAUCCCAAUACCCUACGACAAUUUGGGUCGUCUGAAGACUCUCUCGCCUCAAGCGCCUGUAGUUACGAAGUCGCUUCUUUCUGCUUCGUUGGAUUACGUCGAUGUUUCUGGAAAGGAGCGGGAAGCGGCUACUGCGUUGCUUGCGCGGCUUGUGCUUCGUCAGGAUAUGCUUGCUGUUGGGGUCUUGAAUAACCUUACAGAAUGGGCAUUUUCAAUACUUCAACCAGUCGACGGUGGUGAGCCGCCUUCUUUGUAUACGUGUAUCGGGGUGUUGUCUUUCCUUGCGCGAUUGGCGGCGUCGGGUCAGGUUGAGGGGUUUGCUCCCCUGGUCGAGCCAGUUUUUGAGCAGACUCUACGCGUUACCCACGGAGAGUCUGAUGUGUCCAAAAUGAUCAGGUCUUCUGCUCUGGCGCGGAAAAUCAUCAUCAAGAUUCUCCGUAGCGUGAGUGUGAUGGCCCUGUCGCUGAACGAGAAUGGUUCCAUGUCAGACGACCAAGUAUCUGUUAUCCUGGAAGAAGUGAUUGACCACUUGCUGGUUUCUCUUGCUGAUAAAGAUACGCCCGUUCGCUUUGCUGCAAGCAAGGCUCUGAGUAUCAUCACUCUGAAGUUGGAUCUGGGUAUGGCAGCCGAUGUCAUCGAAGCUGUCACUGGUUCAUUGGAGGAAAAUAUCCUGUACGAAACGCGGGAUGGUAUUAUAGUGGCACCAUUUGAGGCCAGGAGAAUUGGGAUCAACACACUGAAGCGGAACCUAAGUGCAGUUAAUGCUCAAAGAUGGCAAGGCUUGGUACUAACGCUUGGGCAUUUGCUUUUCCGUCGCGCUCCUCCUACCCACCAUCUCCACAAUGUACUGCAACCGCUUGUGUCUGGACUUGACUUUGAGCAGAGGUCGUCGACAGGUAGCUCUGUUGGCACUGGCGUGCGAGACGCUUCAUGCUUUGGUAUCUGGGCACUGUCCCGGAAGUACACCACACAGGAAUUACUGGCCUUGAGGGCAGAUGCGAUCAGUACUCCUACGCAACAAAAGGAAACCAGCAUUCUGCAAAUGCUGGCUGUUGAGCUCGUAUGCGCUGCCUGUGUGGAUCCUUCAGGUAAUAUCCGGAGAGGUUCUUCUGCUGCUUUGCAAGAACUUAUUGGCCGUCACCCUAACACCAUCGCUGAGGGGAUAUCGCUAGUCCAAGUUGUGGAUUACCAUGCCGUUGCGAGACGCUCGCGAGCGAUGAACGAUGUGGCGAAGGCGGCGGCAGCUCUCGAUGAUGUUUACUGGAGCCCGCUUGUGGAAUCGUUAUUGCAGUGGAGGGGAGUUGGUUCGCCGGAUGCUGAGUCGAGGAGACAUGCUGCAAGGGCAAUUGGAACUCUUAGUCUUCAUGGGUCUUACACGACAUUGAAGAUUGUGCUCCAGCGACUUCUUCAUAGGCUCUCCAACCUCCCGUGGAAUGAUGUGGAGACGAGACAUGGUUGCAUGCUGUCGAUUGCAGCUACUGUCGACGCCUACAACAAACAGCGAGAAACAGACUCGUCUGAAGCAGUAGAUCUUGCUUUCCAGGUUGCUCAGCUUUGGGAUGUCUUCGGUUCCUCGUUUGGACCUUCCAAGGAUGACUUGACGCUUCAAUCCUCUCGUCCUGAAUUGACGGCGGAAGCGUCAGCCCGCCUUAUUGAUUCAUUGUCUGGAACAGCCAUCAAGUCAGACGCAUCCAAUUCGCCUCAACCUUCGACUGUUUCAAUCAACAACGCUCGAGAGACUCUCUUGCUGUGCGUUUCCCGUGGAGAAGACCUCGCAAUCGAAGCUUCUUCCGAUGCGGUAUCGCAAUUGUUCCCUCUGUUGUCGUUGAAGAAGCAGAAAGAAACUGUCCAAGGCUGGUUUUCGCACAUUCAGGCUACAAGGAAACUGCCCACUGGCCGUGGUCAGAUCUCGGCUCUUGGUGCUGUGUUCAAGAGCGUCGAGCCUGAGAAUAGUCUCAGAUCAGAAAUCAUACAGGAGCUACUCCAAUGUGCCGGUCCGGAAGAACUGAUCGAGAAGAGGGUGGCAGCCGUGAAGUGCUUGGCAACACAGGUCCUACCGUAUAUUGCUGUGACGGAUGGCAUAGUAGACCAUUUCAUCAACUUCUUGAACGACUACACGACCGACAGACGAGGCGAUAUCGGAUCAUUACUACGACUAGAAGCAAUCCAAGCAGCAAAGAUUAUUCUCCAGAAGGAGUCAGAACUUGGGACCCGUUCAACCGGCGCACAAAAAGUUAUCGGUUGCCUAUGCAGACUCGCAGCGGAAAAACUGGACAAAGUCCGUAUACAAGCCUGGCUUGGUCUGCAGAAUUACUGGGAGUCAGCUGAGGAUUUUCCGCCGUUGCAAAGAAAAUACGAUCAUUUCAGCCAUGUGUCGUUCCCGGAUUACUUCGUUCAGUUAUUGGAAUUGCAGGCAAUUGACUGGCUGCGUCUGCCUCUAUACCAAGGUCUUGCGACGUCGACUGUUGCUGGUGCUGAGGGACUAAUCCGCGCCUCGCGCUUAGCGCUGGUGCAGGGUAUUAACAGCAGGAAGGCCGGGCAACGAGAAGCAAUGCUGCUCUUGAUACUCAAGGACCUGUCGACUAUCCUGAGUGAGAACUUGCAAGAUGAUCGCUUUGCGAUACCUAUAAUGGAGCUACUGGCUUUCUUGGUUGACGGAUAUAUUACCUCUAUCCCUGAAGGGUCGGAGCAAAUCUUCCGAAGACUAUUCACCCUCAUCCAAAAAGCGCACUUCAAAUCAUCUAACAUCCAACGCCUCGAAGCUGCCGUUAAAGUGUACGCCGUAUUGUCUCGCUUCCCGCAACUACGGCCAGAGGUUCUUAAGAAACUGACGGCAAUGCUCCUGCAUCCGUUCCCGAGGGUCCGAUCGACUGUUUCGGAAUACUUGUAUACGGCAACCGAGUCGGAUGAGGUUAAGAUGGGUGAUUGGACUAGACAGCCUAAGCAGAUGAAGGGGGAGGUUGAGGCUUUACGGGGAGUGUUGGUUGCGUAG